GCAGUGUCGUUCGUGUUCCGUUGCGCGCAUGGUGGAGGAUUUCUGUCGUCGAGCAGACAGAUCUGUUGUGCGCGUUAACUGAAAUGCAGCCGCCUCCAGAACUGAACAUCCUAAUUCUAGGUGAGACCGGCGUCGGCAAAUCCACCUGGUUGAAUGGAAUAGCUAAUUUUUUGAUGCACCCAACACUCGACGCCGCCCUUACCGACCCGCAGGCAUUAAUUCCAACUCGCUUCACAAUGACCGAUCGGAGUCUGCAGCAGCGAGUGGUGUCCAUGGGGGAAAGUGACAACGAGCACAACAAUGUCACAGGUCAGUCCGUAACGCAGCUGCCGAAGACGUACGUUCUGAAAAAGGGCGAUACUAUCGUAUGUUUGAUUGACACACCGGGAAUUGGUGACACGCGGGGCGUGGAUCAAGACAAAAAGAAUUUCGAAUCCAUCAUGACGCAUCUGUCUAACCUGGAGAAAGUUCAUGGCAUCUGUAUUCUGUUGAAGCCUAACGAUUCCCGCUUGAACGUCAUGUUCCGUUUCUGCAUCAAGGAGCUGCUGACGCAUCUGCACCGGGACGCAUGCCAUAAUAUGGUCUUUGUGUUUACACACACACGAUCCACUUUUUAUCGUCCAGGUGAUACGUUCCCGGUUCUGAAGAAAUUGCUCCAGGCCGAAGGAGGCUUGAAUAUUCCGUUGAAUCUGGAUACGGUCUACUGCAUGGACAGCGAAGUGGUGCGUUUCAUGGCCGCCGCGAAAUCGGGGGUGGAGCAUGCGGCAACGGAGAUGCGGAGUUUCGGUGAGAGCUACCAGAAGUCGGUGGAAGAGACGAAUCGCUUGUUACAUCACAUUACCACACGAACUCCCCAUGUGCUGCAGAAUACGCUGUCACUCAACGACGUGCGUCGAAUGAUUUUGACGUUUACCGAACCGCUGGCGCACGUGACCCUUAACGCUCAGACCAACCUCAAGUUAGCCCAAGAAAAAGUGAAGAAAAUCGAGGAGACGCAGUUGAGUAAGCAGCAGCUGCAGCGGGAACUGUACGUGCCGGUGGUGGAUCUGCAAGCAGUGGCUCUGGGCUAUCCACGGACUGUUUGCACAUCUACCUCCUGUAUCUCUCCGCGUAAUCGGCCAGAAAGUGGAUUACAGUACAUGGUGUCAUGA